GGUGGACAAUCAGAGCAGCGCAGCCACCUCUCACACUCACUCGCAUUUCUCUUUUUCUUCCAAAUUACAUCGCCGAGGCUUGUCGGCGCGGAGCUAAAAAACACACCAAAAUACAAUAACUAAAAAAUAAAAAAAAAACAGCGGAGAGAAAUUAGUUUGAAGUGCAACAGCGCAGUGAGGCAGCGACCCGACCACAUCCAACAUGGAGUCCCCGCCUGAUCCAGCCAGCGACCCGGCCAACAGCGCCUCGGAGCCGGCUACCCCGGUGAGGGAAACCCCGGUCAGCCUGGAGACGCUCCGGAAAGCAGACCAUCCAGCCCCGGUUCGAAGGCAGACCUGCUCGAGCACCAAUAGAGGUAUCUCCGUGACAAAGAAGACACACACCUCUCAAAUCGAAAUAAUUCCCUGCAAGAUCUGUGGAGACAAAUCAUCAGGCAUCCAUUACGGUGUGAUAACAUGUGAAGGCUGUAAGGGCUUCUUCAGGAGGAGUCAGCAGAGCAAUGCUGCCUACUCCUGCCCCCGCCAGAAGAACUGCCUGAUCGACCGCACCAGCCGCAACCGCUGCCAGCACUGCAGGCUGCAGAAGUGCCUGGCGGUGGGCAUGUCGCGGGAUGCGGUGAAGUUUGGCCGCAUGUCCAAAAAGCAGCGAGACAGCCUCUACGCCGAGGUCCAGAAGCAUCGGCUCCAGCAGCAGCAGCGGGACCACCAGCAGCAGCCCGGGGAGGCGGAGCCGCUCACACCCAGCUACGGCCUCUCGGCCAACGGCCUGACGGAGCUCCACGACGACCUCAGCGGCUACAUGGACGGCCACACCCCCGACGGCGCCAAGCCCGACUCGGCCGUCAGCAGCUUCUACCUUGACAUCCAGCCCUCCCCGGACCAGUCCGGCCUGGACAUCAACGGCAUCAAGCCCGAGCCCAUUUGCGACUUCGCCCCCGGCUCGGGCUUCUUCCCCUACUGCUCCUUCACCAACGGGGAGACCUCCCCCACCGUGUCCAUGGCAGAACUCGAGCACUUGGCCCAAAAUAUCUCCAAAUCACACAUGGAGACAUGUCAGUACCUGAGAGAGGAGCUGCAGCAGAUGACCUGGCAGGCCUUCCUGCAGGAGGAGGUGGAGAGUUACCAGAACAAGCCGCGGGAAGUCAUGUGGCAGCUGUGUGCUAUCAAAAUAACGGAGGCCAUUCAGUACGUGGUGGAGUUCGCCAAGCGCAUCGACGGCUUCAUGGAGCUGUGUCAGAAUGAUCAGAUAGUGUUGCUGAAAGCAGGCUCUUUGGAGGUGGUGUUUGUCAGAAUGUGUCGUGCCUUUGACUCGCAAAACAACACGGUCUAUUUUGACGGAAAGUACGCCGGGCCGGAUGUGUUCAAGUCAUUAGGUUGUGACGACUUGAUCAGCUCCGUCUUCGAGUUUGGGAAAAACUUGUGUUCUAUGCACCUGUCUGAGGAUGAGAUCGCCCUGUUCUCCGCCUUUGUGUUGAUGUCUGCCGAUCGGUCCUGGCUUCAGGAGAAAGUCAAGGUGGAGAAACUCCAGCAGAAGAUCCAGUUGGCGCUCCAGCACGUCCUGCAGAAGAACCACAGAGAGGACGGCAUCCUUACGAAGUUGAUAUGCAAAGUGUCGACACUGCGGGCGCUGUGCAGCAGGCAUACAGAGAAGCUGACGGCGUUCAAAGCAAUAUACCCAGACAUUGUGCGCGCCCACUUCCCCCCCUUAUAUAAGGAGCUGUUUGGAUCAGACUUUGAGCAGUCCAUGCCCGUCGACGGGUAGCCACACCUGCCGGGUGCCACGCCGCACGUGAGGGCUACGCGAAGGAGGAAUAUCUCGAGACACUUUAUACGGGCGCCCUGCACGGACCAAGAUGGCACGCGUGGCUCCACGUCUUCUUUUUCACCCGGGAGUCGUGCCGGGUGUGGGGGGCGGGGAGUCCAUUCACCAGGUGAACUUUUUUUUGGAGCCAACACAAGUUGAGAGCUAUUUUCACCCAGCUGAGCUUUGACCAUCUUGUGCGCACCAAUAGACGCCGGGAAGGGAUUCAUACGGCCCAAAAUUCCAGGUGGAUCUUGCGUGAUUUUGCAAUGCAGUCCGCUGAAAAGGAUGGAAAGCGGCACCGCAUAGCAGCUGUGGUCAAAGUUGGAAUUUGCAUAUCUCAUAACUAUGGGUGUAACGGUACGUGUAUUUGUAUUGAACCGUUUCGGUACGGGGGUUUGGGUUCAGUGCGGAGGCGUACCGAACGAGUUUCAACACGGACAUAUUAAGUAGCGUAAAUAAUACUCAAAAUGCCGGACAUUUGAGGCAUUUAAGAAACUCCACCCGGA